AACGAAGUCAAAAUAGCCUGCAAGAACGAGAACCUCAAAGAUCACCUCUACAUUCUCAUCGAACUUGGGUUAAGCACGCAUGGACAAUGGCUCCUCAACCUUGCACCUGGUGCAACCGAACACCUUCAACUUCCUCCGGCUCCGAACAAACAGCCUUCAAAGUCUGCGGUGCCUGCAAUCUCGUUUUUUACUGCUCUACUGGAUGUCAGAAAUCGGAUUGGAAGUACCACAAACUAGUCUGCAAGCAAUACGGAGGGUCCAUGUCGUCCACACCGCGUCCUUCUCAACUUUACAAGCUGGCGCUGGUGUUCCCUAUCGAUACCGACAGCCCGGCAUUCCGCUAGGUUGAGUUUAAGUACGAAGACGCAGGUCCAGAGUCAUGGGAGGAGCCUGUCCAUCAACCACACCUUGGUCCUGCUGACUCCGACGGAGAAGUCUAUUUCAAUCGCGUGGAGAUCUCGAAAAGAUUGCAUCCUGAAUUCCCUUCCGAACAAAGGUAUGAUCUAGAUCACACCAUUAUCGCAUACGUCCGAGAUAAUUGUAUAAACGAUGGAUCCGAGGAAUUAAAGCAUCGAAAAGAUGGACAACGGCGAACGACCAACGAAAUGGAGAGGCCCGAUGCUUGCUUUUAGUCUCCCGGGAAACAGUGAUGAUCCGCCCUUCUUCCAGGACUUCAAUCUGGC